CAACGGCACUCCUUCAUGGCGGAAGGGCUGUGUGUCAGCUCCGCGGUGAGGGCCGUCCAUUUUUCUACCGCGUCGCCUUAUCGUCGAAGCCACCAGAGCCUUGUCGUGUGAUAAGCAGUUCGAAUGGCUCGGCCAGCGACCGCACCUUCCUGCCGAGCGCUUACAAGGUCCCUGGUUUUUUCUACGAUGUACCGUACAACUCCGGCUAUGCUGCCUUUGCUCGUGCUGCUGCUACCGCUCCUCCAUCCGGUGUCGGGCUCCUCCUCCGAUCGCCGUCGCAGCCUCAGCUGCUUCCAGUGCAGCUGGCUGGCCGAGCAACCGGUGGACCCUCUGCGCCAGAAUGAGAUCGAGGCGCGUUGGAAGAAAGCGUACGAACGCUCGGAGGACGCAAUCGACAAUCCGUUCAAGCGACCACUACUGGGCGUCGAAACGUUCGCCGAGAUGCCCACCAGGACGCAGCUGGCGGCGCACUGCUACAACUGCACCAGGCCGGACGGCAUGUGCGCCCGCUGGACCUUCUACGGGAGCACGGGUCUGCCGGUGAACGUGACGUGGAUGUGCGUGAACAGCCUGAACACCGGCUGCUUUGUGGAGUACAUGGCCAGCCACUUUGUCAAGGAGGUGUGCCUGUGCGCGGACAGACAUCACUGCAACGCCGCCGGUGUGGCAGCACCCAUGCCCCUGGUCGCUCUGCUUCUCUGCGCGGUGUGGAUCGUCGUGCUUCGGGAAGUGUCUUCGUGAUAUCACCGACAGCCGGCGUGCACGUAUAGCAUGUCGGUGCGCGAACUCCUUGUGGCCUGAUAUUGCGUCAUCCCUUCGGAUCUAAUUCCCGAACUGUGAUUGCGACGCGUACACCGCGUAAGAACAUUACAGCUCAUUUUUUUUUAGGGGGGGGGGGGGGGGGGGGAGGGAGACACCGCGACGUUCUCGGUAGCAUAUUGUUCUGCAGCACUAACUCUGCUCCAAACUUCCGGAGCUGGGGUCUCGAACUCACGCUAGGCACCGGGCCACUCGCAGGUCGAAGAUGUUACCACUUAACGCGCGUCGAUAGUCCAAAGAGGUGUGAUUAAAUCAAACCGAAAGAAAGUCAUCUGCCCAGAGUAAAGGUCACUUCGCUAUAACACAAAGCUUCACUUCGCACACGUGGUUUCUGUCUGUCCCGGGUGACUUGUACAUUCUAGUCACUGAUAAUGUGUGGAAAGUUCUUUCAUCUUUGUACCGCGUUUCCGAUUUUGAUUAACGUUGUUUAAAAUCGUGAGGUUUUACGUGCCAAAUCCGCGAUGUUGAAUGGUGCUUUAACGUCCCGAAGCGACAGCUGAGCCGUGAGAAACGCCGUCUAGUCUUGGGCUCCAGGUAAACUUUGACCACAUGCAGUUCAUGAAAACGCGCCUAAAUCUAAGCGCACGCUGAGUUUUCGCAUACGGAAAGCCGCGGCUUCGCGGCCAAGAAUAAAUCCGGUGGGUUCGUGCUAAACAGCGGAGUGCCUAUACGCACUGAGCCACGGCGACUGUUCGCGAUGGUUCAUUAAGCAAAUAAACGAUUCCAUAACCUG